UGUAACACCGUAUAACACCAUGUAACACCCUGUAACACCUUGUAACACCCUGUAACACCCUUUAACACCAUAUAACACCGUUUAACACCAUGUAACACCCUUUAACAUCAUGUAACACCGUGUAAGAGCCUGUAACAUCGUGUAACACCCUUUAACACCAUGUAACACCGUGUAUCACCAUGAAACACUGUGUAACACCCUUUAGCACCGUGUAACACCGUGUAACACCAUGUAACACUGUAUAACAACAUGUACCACCGUGUAACACCCUGUAACACACUGUAACACCGUGUAACACCAUGUAACACCGUCAAACACCAUGUAACACCCUUUAACACCAUGUAACACCCUGUAACACCGUGUAACACACUGUAACACCGUGUAACACCAUGUAACACUAUAUAACAACAUGUACCACCUUGCAACACCCUGUAACACACUGUAAAAUCGUGUAACACUAUGUAACACCGUCUAACACCAUGUAACACGCUUUAAAUCCACGUAACACCCUGUAACACCGUGUAACACACUGUAACACCGUGUAACACCAUGUAACACUAUAUAACAACAUGUACCACCUUGCAACACCCUGUAACACACUGUAAAAUCGUGUAACACUAUGUAACACCGUCUUACACCAUGUAACACGCUUUAAAUCCACGUAACACCCUGUAACACCGUGUAACAAUCCGUAACACCUUGUAACACCCUGUAGCACCGUGUAACACCAUGUAACACCGUCUAACACCAUGUAACACUCUCUAACACCAUGUAACACCCUGUAACAUCGUGUAACACCCUGUAACACCAUGUAAGACCGUGUAACACCAUGUAACACCGUGUAACACCAUGUAACACCGUGUAUCACCAUGCAACACCCUCUAACACCAUGUAACACCGUGUAUCACCACGAAACACCGUGUAACACCCUUUAGCACCGUGUAACAACGUGUAACACCAUGUAACAAUGUAUAACAACAUGUACCACCGUGUAAUACCGUGUAACACCGUUUAACACCCUGUAACACCGUCUAACACUGUGUAACACCCUGUAACACCGUCUGCCUCCUUGGAACACCCUGAAACACCGUGUAAGCACCCUGUAGCACCCUGCAAAACCGUGUAACACCUUUUAGCAACUUGUAACACCGUGUAACACCAUUUAACACAGUGUAACAACAUGUACCACCGUACAGCACCAUUUAACACCGUGUAACACCCUGUAACACCUUGUAACACCAUGAAACACCGUGUAGCACCCUGUAAAACUGUGUAACAAACUCUAACACCGUGUAACACCAUGUAUCACCACCCUGUAAAACUGUGUAACACCCUUUAACACCAUAUAACACCAUGUAACACCCUUUAACACUUUGUAACACCGUCUAACGUCAUGUAACACCGUGUAAGACCCGUUAACACCCUCUAACACCCUCUAACACCGUCUAAAACCAUGUAACACCGUGUGACACCGUGUAACACUCUGUAAAACCGUGUAACACCCUUUAGCACCGUAUAACACUAUUUAACACUGUGUAACAACAUGUACCACCCUGUAGCACCAUUUAACACCGUGGAACACCAGGUAACGCCGUGUAACACCGUGCAACAUCAUAAAACACCGUGUAGCACCCUGUAAUACCAUGUAACACCAUGAAACACAGUGUAGGAUCCUUUAAAACCUCGUAACACCCUUAUACACCAUGUAACACGGGGUAACACCCGUUAACACCAUGUAACCCUGCGUAACUCCCUUUAACACUGUGUAAUACUGCGUAACACCAUGUAACACCGUGUAACACCCUUUAACAACAUAUAACACUGUUCAACAACAUGUACCACCGUGCAGCACCCUUUAACAGCGUGUAACACCAUGUAACACUGUGUGUAGCACCAUGUAACACCCUUUAGUACCGUGUAACCCCAUGAAACACCAUGUAACCCCUUGUAACACCAUGUGACCCCAUGUAACACUGUGUAACAACAAUUAACACCCUGUAGCACCGUGUAACCUCAUGUAACACCAUAUAACACCAUGCAACCCCAUGUAUCACCAUGUAACACCGUGUAACACCUUGUAACACCAUGUAACAUCGUGCUCGUGUGUACGUGCGCCAACCUCGUCCCCAGGGCGUGUUACAUGGUGUUACAGGUUGUUGUGUGGUUUUACACGAUGUUAAAGGGUGCUGCACGUUGGGAUAUUGUGUAACACGCUGUUACAGGGUGUUAUACUUGUUACAUGGUGUUACACGGUGGUACAUGGUGUUACCCGGUGUUACUGGGUGCUAGACACGGUGUUACACGGUGUUAGAGGUUGUUGUGUGGUUUUACACGAUGUUAAAGGGUGCUACACGGUGGUGCGUGGUGUUACACGAUGCCAGGGCCCUUUUCCGCCCCUCCCAUGUUUUUAGGGAAAAGCCCUGGGGUCGAGGUUGUACGGGCGCGUGUGUACUUGCUCGUUUACGCGCGCGUUUUUGAUAUUAUGACCUUUUACCAGGUGUAACAUGUAACACUGUUACAUGUGAAGCACGUCAAAAAUUUGGUCCCUUUAUCGUGCAUGGUGUAAAGACUUGAAUCUCCAUUUUUUUUUUCUCGUUUUUCCGGCUUUAUUCUCUCAAAACUUAAUAAAACAUAAACAGAACUUUAAUGAAAUAUUUACUGUGACAUAAUUUCCUAUUAAAAAGAUAAUUUCUUCGACCAAACUUUGACAUAAACGCCUGAAAAGUCUCUAAAACCUGGUCAGUUCUGAUUCCGAGCCGAACGAGCACGGCGCCCACGAAGAAAAAAAGUCCUUAAAGCAAAGUUUCGUUGCUUGAAGGUGCCAGUCUCCUGAGAGGGAUAACUUAGUAUUUUUUCAAACUCUUUCUUUCCAUUUUUGUCCGUUUGCGGUGUAUUUUGAAUUCGUUGACACGAAAUUAUAAUGCUGAUUUUCACGUAUGCAGCAUGCAGGGAUUUUUCUGAGCAGCCACACCUUACCACGUCAUACCGUGUAACUUCCUUUUAUUAUUUUACAGUAGUAUAUAUUUUGUAUAUUUGUGGUUGUUCCAAAUAAACCUGAUGAAGACUGGUAUUGGCCAGUCGAAAUUUUGUAUACCUCAGCCUUUUUCUCGUUGUUUCAUCAGUCUUUGCAGUAGUCUUUUUGACUUUAAUUCUAUUCUCAAACAACAAAGCGUCAUCGGCUUUUGGUGAAGAAACAAGUCACUUGUUGAGAGUGAGGUUCGGAGGUAAGGGCUUAAGUGAUGGACAUAAAAUUUGAGUCCUUGUUUUUGUUGUUGGUGUUUUUUUAGCGCGCAUUUGAAUCCUUGUGCAGCAGCACGCAUUUAUACGGGCGGAGACUGGUACUCGAGUGGGCUGAGGAUGAGGACAGUGUAGAUGCUCUUAGAAAGAGAACCGCUGAACACUUUCAUGGCAGUAUCCUUUUUUAACGAAAAUAUAAAAAAUAAUGUUAUAAUGAUACUAAUAAUAAUAAUAAUAAUAAUAAUAAUAAUAAUAAUAAUAAUAAUAAUAAUAAUAAUAAUAACAGUAACAAUUAUACAUAAAGAGAUUGAGUUGAGCUACAGUAUGUGCAUUCUAUCCCUUCGGUACCCAACGCAAACAGCCAUAAUAAUAAUAAGCGAAUUAAUUGUAAAUAGGAUUUUAAUAGUUUUUUUUUAAUAAAAUUGUCUAUUUUAAAAAAAAAAUUAUUAUUAUUAUUAUUAUUAUUAUUAUUAUUAUUAUUAUUAUUAUUAUUAUUAGUAAGAAUUAGCGAGAAAUACAUGUUGUGAAAAAGUUAAAAUAGCCUUCACUACCAUUCAGCCCCGAAAACAGCAAAGAAGAGGAAAGACUUGCUGGAUGAUUUACUGGACUCCGAAAUGCAGGAAUGA